GCUGUGGGCACGGAGCCCCGCCCUGACUUCCCAGUUCAGCCCUCGCCGCCCGGGAACACCACGGACCCGAGUCUCCAGGCUUCGCCCAGGUCUGACCGCCCGAAGCCUGGUGUUUGGUAGCGGUGAUGAUGGCCUACGAGAACUUCCAGAACGAGGAGCAUGAGGAGCAGCCCGGCCAGCCGGGGGAAGGGGGCAGGAGAGGAGGCGCGGCGUCUCCGGCGCGCACUAGCACGGCCCUGCCCAUCCUGUGCCGCGUCCUCUCCUGGACCCACCUGCUGCUGUUCUCCGCGGGCCUCAGCCUCCUGCUGCUGCUGGCUGUCGCCGUCAUCGGAUCCCAGAACUCCCGGUGCAGGAGGGACCUGGGCAGCCUGAGGGCCGCUGUGGACAACAGCACCUCCAGCACAGAGGCGGAGCUGCAGGCCCUGCGCGCCCGGGCUGCCGGCCUGCAGGAGGCGCUCGGCUCUCUGAAGGCAGAGGUGCAGGGCCAUGGGCAGGAGCUGCAGGCUGGCCGAGGCUUAAGCCAGAAGGUGACUUCUCUGGAGAGCACGAUGAAGGAAAGGGAGCAGGUGCUCAAAACAGGUCUGUCUGAGGUCACAGAGCAUGUCCAGCAGCUGGGGAAGCAGCUGAAGGCCCUGGAGUGCCAGCUGGACAGCCUCAGGACCAACGGCUCGGCCAAGGCCUGCUGUCCCCCGCCCUGGCUGCAGCAUGGAGGCAGCUGCUACUGGUUCUCCCAGGCUCAGAAGUCGUGGGCCGAGGCCGACAGGGCCUGCCAGCUGGAGAACGCACACCUGGUGGUGGUCAACUCCCUGGAUGAGCAGAAAUUUAUUGAGGCCCACAAGGGCCCUGUGGCCGCCUGGAUGGGCCUGACAGACCAGAACGGGCCCUGGAGAUGGGUGGAUGGCACCGACUUCAGCACGGGGUUCCAGAACUGGAGGCCACGGCAGCCUGAUGACUGGCAUGGACACGGGCUGGGAGGGGGCGAGGACUGUGCCCACUUCUCUUACGACGAUGGUCGCUGGAAUGAUGAUGUGUGCCAGAGGCCCUACCACUGGGUGUGUGAGACAGAGCUGGGCGAAGGCAGCUGAGUCCCCUCCCGGCGACCUCAGCGCCGUAAGCCUCGGAGAGCUGGUCUUGGUCAGACAGUUUUCCCAGGACUUCAAGGGGGCGAUAAAGGAAAGCAUCCGAGGUGUUUGAAAGAGCGGGGUUGCCGGAACCCCGAUGCUGCGCAUGGCCCAUUACUGUCACGUUACUGUUUUUAGAGUAAAGCAGAGAAGUAGA